AUGCCUCCCAAGAAAAAGCCAGCACAACUGUCGCAAGAAGCAAAGAGCAAGAUAUCUGAGAUUGCGACAUCGACCACCAUGCUUUCGAUCGCAGCUUUCGAAGAAAUUCUAGACAAACGACUAAAGACCCAUACGAAAGAACUUGAUAACGCUGUUUCUAAACACUAUAAAGCUACUCAUGAUGAACUUAAAGCGAUUCAAUCAAGCCAAUAUUUUAUUAGCAAUAAGUUCGACGAACCAUUAAAUUCAUUCAGCUUGUUAAAAAAGAAAACAGCCAUCUGAAGCUAGGAAAUGCCCAGUUAAAUAUCUUGGCUAAAGAAAUGGCGGAUCGAAUAUCUAAACUAGAAGAAGAUCAAGAAAAUAUCAAUCUAUAUUCUCGAAGAGACUAUUUAGAGUUUCAUGGAGUACCAGAUACGCUGGACGAAAAUACAGACGAACUGGUCAAACAAAUCGGUGAUUUAAUGGCAGUUGAAGUUAAACCAUCGGAUAUCUCGACGAGCCAUCGCUUGCCUUCCAAAAGGGGCGUCAUUCCUACAAUUAUUGAUCCCUACAAUUAUUGA